AUGACAAGUCUAGCAAGUUCAAGCUUCGAAAACAUUCUUGUGAAUCAUAAAAAGGCAUUGCAAGAUACAGGACCAAAUUAUACAGACAUCCUACGCGAUCCUCUCCUCACAAGUAGUAGAGUACUAACAUCAAAGGAGCUGGACAUAUUCUUGACCAAUUCUCAUCAAGCUGAGAAAGAAGCACAAGCAAAGGCAGAGGAAAGUAAGAGAGCGCUUUCCAACAGCCUCUCUAUUCUUUUGGCACAUACAGAUGGUAAAGCAGAAGAAUUAAAUCAGCUCCCAGAUCAAAUUGAAACGCUAGAGGAUGAAUUAGCAGAACUUUGUGCGGAAUUAAGGGGAGAAGGACCAUCAUCUUCUGCCUCGCUAUUGCAAACUUUGAGGGAGAAGCAAACAAUUCUUGAACAGCUUGAAGCAACGCAAGAUUCGCUAGCGAUCUUGGCAAAAGCAGAAGAUCUGAAAGACAAGGCCAUCAAAGCAGAAACAAAGAAUGCAGAAGGCGAAAAGUCACUCGUACAUUUCACAGAACUAGCCGCUCUUUCGAAACGGGUUGAGAGUUUGGCCAAUGGGGACUCAAAGUCGAUCAAAGCUAUCGAAUUUGUCAAUGCACAAAAAUCGCAAGCAUUUACAGCUUUGGCAAAAGCAAGGCAAGAUCGAUUGGACAGCGCACUAAAGAAUGCUGGUUGGCCUCCUCCGCCGCCUGAACUCAAGCUGGAGAAUGAGCCAGUCCAACAAUCUCCCGAGAAGAUUUUGCUGCAAUCGACAGAGGUGCGAGCUGCAUGGCGAGAGUUGAUGAUUCUGCAGAGAAAGAGUGAGCAAAUUGGCGUUUUAAGGCCAUCGUCAGCUCGUAUGAGCUCAACCGAGGAUUCGGCUACAGUCGAUUCUUCUUCACAACCCUCGCCAGGCUCAAAGGCUUACCAGCCUCUUCUUACCGUCGAAUGUCUCCUGAAACCGCUCUUGCUACGAUUUUACUAUCACUUUGAUUCAUCUAGAACGACAAACCGUUUGGACAAACCUGAGUGGUAUUUGAAUCACAUGCUAUCGAUUUUGAAAUCAAAUAUGCGCUUAUUUGAUCCAUUUGGUGGUGCAAUUGCUGUCUUGUGCAAUAAUGUCAGUAAAUCACGCAAGUCACUUCGCUAUGACCUCUCGGCAGAGCUAUUACAUGGACUACUACGGCCCUUGACACUCAAAGUUGAGUCAAGUAUCGAACUACUUUUGCAAAAUUCUCAAUUGCUAAGUCAUACGAUCAUGCAGACUGUGCAGUUUGAUCAAGACGUUCGUGCAACGCUUAUGCCAAUCUUGCCAAAUUGCUCACCUAUCUAUUUGGCUGAUGCAUUGCUAUCAAACGAAACUGUGUUUGAAGCAUGGGUGCAAAGCGAGAGAGCAUUUGCAAGUGAUAGACUGGACGAAGAAAUGGAAAGCAAGGGCGCUUGGCUUGUGGGAGACGAAGAUGGAUUGGAAGCAGAAGCAACAGAUGGAAGUUGGUCAGCAAUGGCACAAGACGGACCGUCAACAGCUGUGAACGAUGUGGAUGAUAACGAUGAAAGUAGCGGGUCAAUACGAAUCAAGACGACUCGAUCAGCAAGAGCAGUCAUCUCGUUGAUCGAAGGGCUGACGGUACGUUAUAAAGCGCUACCGUCAAUCAGUCAUCAGCUUCCUUUCCUUUUGAUUCAAUUAUCCGUCUUGCAAGGAUACGCACAGCGUUUAGAGCGAAGUUUGGAUGCAUUUGAAAGUCUAAGCUCAGCUUUCUCUCGCGCAAUUCCAGGUGCCAUCUCUGGUGGAAGUGGCGGACCUAACGAAAGUCAAGGCAUCAGCGGUGGUGAAGCAGAUAUGGUACGAGGUUUACGUGGCUUGGGAAGAUUGCUGAAAGCAUGCCUUUCUGCUCUAUUCAUUUCAGCUCAUCUAUCCUCACUUUCUUCGCAAAGUUUCUUUUUGAUCAUGGGAACUUCUUUGGCUAAUACACGAGAAGGUGAAAAAUUGAUGGGCGAUUUCCGUAAAUGGGAAGGAGAUGUAGAGGAACGUGAAUUGGAUCAAGCCAGUUUGGGCGACUUGGUCCGAAGAGGAUGGAGGUCUGGAGGUAGAUUGGCUAGUGGAAUGCGUCCUUUGGCAACAAAUGCACCUGCUGGAGGUCCGGCUGCAGAGUCAAGCAAUCCUCUCGAAAAGACAACACAACCAAUUGCAAGAGGUACGAAUGACGGAAUGGUGGAUGUAUGGGAGAAAUCGCGCGAUCGAUUUGAUACGUUAGCAAAACGAGCAUUACGAGGUAUUGAGAAGAUGAUCACCAGUGAAGUUCUAGAAGGAAUGCGUACUUAUUCGCAGCGAGACUGGAAUGAAGAUGAAGCCAAUAGCGCACAAGAAGAGGAAGAAGGAGAGCAAUCAAUUUUUGACAUUCCUACGCCAUCUUUACUGUCGUCCCUCUCAACACUUUCUAUGCAUUUGAGUCAUAUGCUUCCUUCACUACCACGACUACAAGCAAACACGGUAUAUCGUGCCAUUUCUGAUAGUCUUUCAACUGCUGUGGUAGAACGAGUUGUAUUCUCAGGAGGUGCACAUCGAUUCAACCUUCGAGGUGCUCAACGAUUUCAACAAGAUGUUCAUCAUGGUUGGAUGGGAGUUGUGAAUGAUGUUUCUGUCAAAUUGGUAGGUGCAAAUAGCACGACAAGUUCACCGAUGGGUACAAGACCACAAGCAAGUUGGUCAUACUUGCUUGAUGCAGUGAAGCUCCUAUCGCUUACCGAUGAUGAUAUUGAAGAUGCAGAAAAGGAAAAAGAAGUUCCUACCUUGCAACAAGCUUGCAGAGCUGCUUUUGAGCCUACCAUGGCCGGUCCAUCUUGGGAGCAGGUGGUUGAAAUGCUCAAUAUUGAUGAUCGAAUGAACUUACGAGUCGCUCGUGAGAUCCUACGUAGACGAAUUGAAUGUCCUUGGUAG